AUGGCCAAGUCUUCUACACUAUGCUUCUUGUUCUUCCUUCUGUUCAUCGUCUCAUUAGGUAAACUUCUUACAAUAACGGAAGCUAAAAACUGCUUAAUGACUUGGGAUUGCACCACCGUGGAGCGCUGCUGGGAUGACUGCAAGAGCCGCUACGGCGGCAAAGGACUUUGUGACCUUAUCCCUACUCCUUUUGUUCCUAAGCAAUGCCUUUGCUCUUAUAAAUGUUGA